GGCGGGGCUUCUGCCAGAGGACUGGAAAUACGGAUUGCGAGCAGCAGAGCUGUCACUGGGCGAACAGCAGAGAGAGAGAGACGAGCAGGGAAAGUCGCACCUGUUGAGUGACAGUUUCUCAGCUACAGGACAGGUCUUAUUUGAAGAAGAUCAUUUUGUUGUUGCUGCUGCUGCUGCUGCUGGGGCCGCGGAAUGACGGAUACUAUUCUACCCAACGGGUGCAAGGACAACCAGGCUGGUGACGAUGCCUGUUUUAAAAAGGGCUGUAACCCCUUUGCCCAGACUGGGCGCAGUAAGCUGCAGAACAAGAGAGCCGUCUUGAACCAGCAGAUCAUCAAGGAGAUGAGAAUGAGGGCCGGAGCAGAAAACCUCCUGCGGGCAACCACCAACAACAAAGUGCGGGAGAUGGUGGUGCUGGAGCUGAGCUAUGUGAACUCCAACCUGCAGCUGCUCAUGGAGAAGCUGGAAGGCCUCAACAGCUCCGUGGAGGUCUACCAGAACGUGCAAGAGACGUCCAGCAUUCCUCUCAUCCCACUGGGACUGAAAGAGACCAAAGAAGUGGACUUCUCUGUUCCUUUCAAGGACUUCAUUUUGGAACAUUACAGUGAAGAUGGCUCAAAAUAUGAAGAGGAAAUUGCAGACCUAAUGGAUCUGCGACAGGCCUGCCGCACCCCCAGCAGGAGUGAGACUGGAGUUGAGUUGCUCUCCAGCUACUUCAGCCAGCUCUCGUUUGUGGAAAACAGAUUUUUCCCACCCAGCCGACAGAUGGGAAUAUUUUUCACAUGGUAUGACUCUUUCACCGGAGUGCCGGUGUGCCAGCAGAACAUCUCCUUGGAGAAGGCCAGCGUCCUCUUCAACAUCGCAGCACUCUACACUCAGAUAGGCACGCGCUGUGACCGCCAGACCAGGACCGGCCUGGAGGACACCAUUGACGCCUUUCAGAAAGCUGCAGGAGUCCUCAGCCACCUGAAGGAGACCUUCACCCACACCCCCAGCUACGACAUGAGCCCUGCCAUGCUCGGCGUGCUGAAGAAGAUGAUGCUGGCCCAGGCUCAGGAGUGCGUCUUCGAGAAGACCGCCCUGCCUGGCAUCAGGAACGAGUACUUCUCCCUCUUGAGAAUGGCACAGGAGGUUGCCAAGGUGGCGGAAGAUUACAGUCUUGUGCACCAGGCGAUGACUCAGAGUCCAGUCAAGGACAACGUGCCCUUCUUCUGGUCGACCAUGGUGCAGGUGAAGAUGAGCCACUACCGCGGCCUGGCCCAUUACUUUGUGGCCACCGCCCUGCUUGAUCAUAGACUGGGCCCAAACGAUGAUGAAGACCGGCAGGAGAAGGCCUUAUCCCAGCUCUACGACAGCAUGCCUGAGGGACGCUCGCCUCUCGACAUCCUCAAAAGCAAAGAUGAACGCACGUUCCUAGGAAAAGCGCACCUCCGGAAGGCCGUCCUGGGGCACGAGGAGGCCCUGCGGGUCCAUGGCCUGUGCCGACACCUGAAGAAGCUGGACAUCCUGCACGAGAUCCUGCAGGUCAGCCACCGGCGCUCGGCCGACAAGUACUCCGCCUACGAGACCGGGGACGACUUCGUGGACUACAGGGAGGCGCCCGACAUCAUCUCUAAAACAGAACAGAGAGCUGAAAUUGCCGUGUCCUUUUCUACAAAGGUGAAAGUCAAAGACUUUUUCCAAAAGCUGGGACCCCUAUCCCUGUUUUCAGCCAAGCAGAGAUGGACAGCCCCUCGGACAGUCCGCCUGCGCACAGAGGAUGGGGAUCUGGGCUUCACGCUCAAGGGGGUUUCACCAGUGCAGGUCCAGUCCCUGGACCCCCUGAGCCCUGCGGCUGUUGAGGGCCUGAAGGAAGGAGACUACAUUGUGUCCAUCAGGGACACGGACUGCAAGUGGAUGGGAGUCAGUGAGGUCAUGAAGCUGCUGAAGGAUGUGGAUGAAGAGGGAUGUGACAUCAGAGUUGUGAGCAUGAUGGACAACAGCCCCUGCAUGCCCAACAAGAGCGCUACCUUCUCCGGAGGCCUGCCCAAGACCUACUCCAUGAUCUGCCUGGCCAUGGACGAUGACAAGAUCACAAAGGCCCGGAAGGUCACCAAGAAGAUGUCCUUCCUCAGCUGGGGGAUGAAGAACAAGCAGAAGAGUGCCAGCACCCUUAGCCUGCCCAAUGCCGGCUACUCAGACACCCUGCCCAGAAGCAGGCUGUCCGCGCCCCUGCCCAACCCCCAGAGUACCAGCGCACUGUACUAGGACCUGCAGCCCCAGACACUGGACAGAGACCUGUUCCUGCUCGGAACCUUUAUACUGCAGAAGAGGGGUUUUAGUGUGUAUAUAUGUAUAAAAGUGUAUUGGAUGAAAACUAUAUCUUGCACAUUAUUAUUAGUGUUUUAAAAUGUCAGUACUAUUUUUUUUACCUCUUGUUUUGUUUUAACAAAUGCUGCUGUCAUUCUGGCGUAUUAAUACGGCGGCCCCGAGUCUCGUUUGAAGAGCACCCAAGGACAGUUUGGGUUUAGGUUUUCCUAGACCGUGUUACUUGAUGUUCUCGCACUCAUAGUCCCAUAUACAUUCCUAUGUUUGUGUGGAGGAGGGCCGUGACUGUCUUUUCCCUGUGUGAUGGAGGGGGAGGACCAGACCCUCUUCCAGGCAUUGCUUGUGCUCGAAAUGGAAAGCUGGAACAAAGUGUGUUGUGUAGCCAGCUCCUGCGCCGGAGGAACUGAAGGGAAAUAACAGCCUUUCUGUGAGAAGGCCUCACAAAGGUAACUGUGAUCUGUGGUGGGCAGCUGGAAGUGAAAGGUGAAACUUAAAAAAACGUUUCCAUUUUCAAAUGGGGAAAAAGUGGGUAAGAGAAAGCAAGUGGAAGAAAACUGAUUAUGAUGAAGAAAAGAGAAUUAUUUUGGCACGUUUGUUUCUAUUUCAGCAGUUUCAUACAUUUGAAACAGAAUUUCUUGCGAUACUGUAUGUGCUGUGGUGCAACACAGCCUUGUUCAAAGUAACAGACAACAGUUAAGCUGAAGGGAUCUUACUUCUAGAUAGAGAGGGAGAGAAACUUCUUGGUGUUUCUAGGACCUAUACACUCCAAGUGUAUCCUGCUGCUUAUUUUGAAGGAUUUUUUUUAAAUUUACUGAAGUAUCGUCUCUAGCUGUUUAAUAAGCAUGGUCAUACCUGCCUUUGGAUAUUUCUGAUGACCCCAGCGGUAAUGUCAGUCACAGCGAGGGGCAGGGCUACUGUGAACAUAAUGAUAAAAUGUCCAAAGUUUCUUUUUACCAUUAUUGUAUUUCAUAUGACCAGACUCUUACCAUUUGCUAACACUUCAGAAAGUGUUAAAGAACAUUUCUCUGUCUACAAGGUAGAUAAUAAUUUAUACCGUUUGAUACUCAAAUAAUUUUAUGUACAACAAAAAUGAGAAAAAACUAUAUUCAUAUUUACUACAUUCACUUUGAAGUAGUUAUUUGUGUAUUAUCUGUUUCAUUGAUUUGUACUUUGCAUGUAGUGAAUGAUUCUUUGUGCUGUACAAUAGCUAUUUUGUUGUUUGGUGUUUUUUAAAUCUCUCUGUGGAAAUUCUAAAGAAAGAAGCUGACAAUCUCCACCUGCCAUUUUUUUAAGUUGCCAAUUACCCUUUAAUAAGUGUUCAUGUCUGAAAUGAAAAGGUUUAGAUGUUUGCAAUAGAACACGCAGAAGAGUAAAGACAAUAAUAUUCCUGAUGCUCAACUGGAAACACGGAUGAAAAAACAAAUUUCCUCAGUCACAUGUAACUGCUGUUCUUAAUUUACAUUUUAGGUGCUUUUUUUUGUUUUCUUUUUAUUGCGUUCUACAAUUUUGCUUAUCAUACAUAGAAUAAAUUAAUUAGGUAUGAGAAGCCUUAAGGCAGUGCUUGUACAGACUGGUGUUGCUGGGGCUUCUUGUUCAUGGAUGCCUGCCCACCAUAGGAGAAUCCUAUGAAACAGGACAAAAUAGUGAAAGAUUGCUGUUCAUCAGAUGAAGCGUUAUUGUGGUUGCUUUUUUUGUUAUCUCUGAGGUGAUACCUGUGCAUGGAAUUGUAGAGACGGGCAGAAGGUUUCUUUACUCACUGUCCUCACUUCCCCAGGAACUUGGUUUUGUUCCUUAAUAGUGCCUCAGUCGGAGAUGUUGGGACUGUACAUAAUCUUCUAAGUAACUAAAAAAGGGUGUUAAUGCUUAGAAUUAUUCACUAGAUAUACUAAAUCACAGGAAAAACUGUAACUGCAAACUGGAAUUUGAAUAAAUAAUGGGAAAAAACCUCACCAGUCUGACACUAGUUUUAUCAGAGUGUACUGUGUGGAAUUCAUGCAAUGACUGGGGUCCCAAUGCAGGAUGUGCCCUGCAAUUCAGGCCCUGUAAAGGCAACGUUACAGCAAAGAGUCAUAACCAUUGCAGGUGAUCAUCAUGACUCAAGGGAAAAAAACAUUAACUUGAUUUUCAUAAAGCAUUACUAGGCUUGUCCAUGAUGUUGUGUCAACUCCCACAACGCAAACAUUUGUUAAAUGAAUCAUAGAAAUAAGUAAAUGUAUUGUUAACAGGGAAACAAAUGGAGAAAAAGGUUACAUUUUUAUGAUUUUCACUACCAGAUCAAAGCCUUUUGGGGUACAAACUACGGACGGGCAAUACUUAAAUAUCGAGUAGAAAAGCCUAAAGCAGGACAGGGUGCAAAAGAUUUUGUAGUGAAUCUUUGUUUUAGGAUUUGCAAUUGGCGAUACUUCCUGUCUGUGAAUGUUCUACGACAAUAAACUUUCAUUUAAAAAUGUAUCCACCUAGGAUAGAUAUCCUAAUUCCUGACUUCCACUCUGCAAAUCUUCCAUUGCAAGCAACAGGGUUUGCACCACAGGGAGG